AUGGUAAAAUCAACAUAUGAAAGUUUUUCAAAGGAUUUUGUAAUGGGAGGAGCAGCAGCAAUUGUAUCAAAGAGUGCUGCAGCCCCAAUUGAGAGAGUGAAGCUUUUAUUGCAAAACCAAGGUGAAAUGAUUAAGAGAGGACAACUCAGAAAUCCGUAUUUAGGUGUGUCUGAUGGCUUCAAGCGGGUCUUCAUGGAAGAGGGUUUGAUUGCCUUUUGGAGAGGUCACCAGGCCAAUGUUAUCAGAUAUUUCCCCACACAGGCUUUCAAUUUUGCAUUCAAAGGUUACUUCAAAAGCAUUUUUGGGUACUCCAAAGAGAGAGACGGGUACAUUAAGUGGUUUACUGGGAAUGUGGCUUCAGGCAGUGCUGCAGGAGCAAUAACUUCGCUGUUACUGUAUCAUUUAGAUUAUGCACGUACACGAUUGGGUACUGAUGCAAUAGAGUGCCGUGUUACCAGUCAACGCCAGUUUAAAGGACUGAUUGAUGUAUACAGGAAGACCUUAUCAAGUGAUGGAAUUGCUGGGUUGUAUAGGGGAUUUGGCAUUUCAUUAUGUGGAAUUACCAUGUAUCGAGGGAUGUACUUUGGGAUCUAUGACACCCUGAAGCCUAUUGUUUUAGUUGGGCCAUUUGAGGGGAACUUUCUUGCUACUUUCUUCUUAGGUUGGAGCAUCACAAUUUUUUCAGGGGUUUGUGCAUACCCUUUUGAUACAUUGCGCCGGAGAAUGAUGCUUACCUCUGGACAUCCAAACAAGUACAGUAAUGCAAUACAUGCAUUUCGUGAUAUUGUUGGACGAGAGGGUUUCUUAGCUCUAUUUCGAGGAGUUACAGCAAAUAUGCUUCUUGGUAUGGCAGGGGCUGGGGUGCUUGCUGGAUAUGAUCAGCUGAAUAGUUUCUCAUCUAGACAUAGUGACUAUAACGAGACAAAUCAAAGAGUUUUGAAAUGA